AUGCCCACGCAUUCCUACUCGGCACAUCCUGAUCGACGGGCCUCGAUAACCUCUUUGGACGAAGACGAUGAUUUGGAACUAGAGGAGCUCGGAGUACACUCGAGCCCGAGAUCUGGUGAGAAUGACGGGUUCCGGAGGACCUCAGACGGCUCGCAUUGGUAUAGCCCCGCGGUUUCCUUGAAAAAGCUACGGCAGAAGUCACACAAACGGCCGUGGGAACGGGACAUUCGACAGCAUGAAGGCGAGCAUGAUGACUUGGACGGCCUGCUUUACGACCAGGAGCACGAAGAGGCUCACCUUACCCGUGGAACGACGAGCUCGGCGGAUGAUGAUGCACCUCUUCUCACAGCAGGGAAACGGAGGCAGCAGUCUCAACAGGCGUCCGGUCAAGCUGGCUCGGGCUUGCGGUCCAGGUUUCGACUUCCAGCCUUCAACAGCGAUCGCGGAGAAGGAGGAGUAUUUGAUCGGCUAAAAAGGAGGACUGGAUCCGACAAUUCUGCCAACAAAGUACCUCCUCGGGAAAUAUUCGUUGGCCAGUCGCAGAAAGCACGCUAUCCGCCAAACGUUGUCUCGAACGCCAAAUAUACCCCAUGGAGUUUCCUCCCUCGUACCCUAUACAACGAGUUUUCCUUCUUCUUCAACAUCUACUUCCUUGUUGUGGCCCUAUCUCAGACAAUUCCCAUUCUACGGAUUGGCUACAUAUCAUCAUACAUUGCACCGCUCUCGUUCGUCGUUUUGAUCUCCCUUAGCAAAGAAGCGCUGGACGAUAUCUCCCGUCGCCGAAGGGAUGCUGAAGCAAACUCGGAGGAAUACAAUGUGAUGUCAUUUGACCGAUCGUCACGAGCCUCCCACCGCGGGGCUCUAAAAAGCCAAACCCCUGGAUGGCCUGAACCAGUGGAAAUCACAAAGAAGUCCCGCGAUCUCAAGGUUGGCGACAUUUUGAAAGUUGGGAAGGACCGGCGCCUCCCUGCCGAUGUCGUUAUACUAAAAUCCAUACCCACUGACGCACAGGGGCAGGACUCGGCACCAAGUCCCCAAGGCGAUGCUGAGUACAACCCCGUCGACGAUGCUGGGCGAGAAGACGAAGCUCCCGGUGCCGCCCAGGAUGGCCAAACGAAUGCGUCUAUAGAGGCAGCUAGUUCUGCAGAGACUUUCAUUCGAACCGAUCAGCUAGACGGUGAAACGGACUGGAAGCUCCGACUUGCAUCGCCACUCACACAAUGUCUUCCACUGGCCGAAUUUAAUAGAAUACGAAUAACUGCUAGCACUCCAGCUAAAAACGUCAACGAGUUUGUCGGGAAGGUCGAAUUAGCGCUGCUUCCAUCUGAACCCUAUGAUCCAGCGGUUGAAGGAAGCGGGAAGCAGGAUGAACAGCUAUCACAGCCCCAGGCUGCUCCACUGAGUAUUGACAAUGCUGCUUGGGCGAACACUGUCCUAGCAUCCAAUACAACGACUUAUGCUGCCGUUAUCUAUACAGGAUCACAGACAAGGUCUGCCCUGUCAACCUCUGCAUCCCGUUCAAAGGUUGGGCUCCUCGAACAUGAAAUAAACAGCCUAACAAAGAUUCUAUGUGUUGUGACCCUAUCUUUGUCCGUGAUUCUUGUCGCCCUAGAAGGAUUUGAACCCACAAACGACAAGGAGUGGUACAUUGCCAUUAUGAUCUAUCUUAUUCUUUUCUCAACUAUUAUCCCCAUGAGUCUACGAGUGAACCUUGACAUGGCGAAAACGGUGUAUGGAAGAUUUAUCGAGAGAGACAAGGGAAUACCUGGCACAAUUGUGCGCACGAGCACGAUCCCAGAAGACCUCGGAAGGAUUGAGUACCUCCUAUCUGAUAAAACGGGUACCUUGACUCAAAAUGAGAUGGAACUUAAAAAGAUCCAUGUUGGCACUGUGUCCUAUGCUAACGAAGCAAUGGAGGAGGUUGCUUCCUUUGUCCGCCAGGGCUUUUCAGCAACCGGACACGCAAGUGGGACCGAUUUGCUACCAUCUAAUAAUCCCUCUACCCAACCAGGUUCGGGUCCAGCAACUAGGACAAGACGUGAAAUAAGUUCGCGAGUCAGGGAUUUGGUACUAGCCCUUGCCCUCUGCCACAACGUCACGCCAACGAAAGAGGAAGAAGAUGGUGAAGUAGUAACGACUUACCAGGCUUCUUCACCAGAUGAGAUCGCCAUUGUUAAAUAUACAGAGGAGGUUGGGCUCAAACUGUCUCAUCGGGAUAGGAAAUCGAUUGUUCUCGACGUGACUGGCACUGGUGGUGUAUCGAUCAAAGCCAAAAUUCUGGAUGUCUUUCCAUUUACGUCCGAGAGUAAACGAAUGGGAAUCAUAAUUAAGUUCUCCUCAGAUCAACACCAAGGCUGCCCACCGCAACUUCAAGGCGAGAUUUGGUUCUUCCAGAAGGGUGCUGACACAGUGAUGUCGUCCAUAGUGGCAGCAAAUGACUGGCUUGAUGAGGAGACCGCAAACAUGGCCCGCGAAGGUCUACGAACAUUGGUUGUGGGGAGGAAGAAGCUCUCCCCUGAACAGUACCAUGAAUUUUCUAAGAGCUAUAAGGAGGCAUCCAUGUCUCUCAACGAUAGGGACAAUCUAAUGGCAGCAGUAGCACAAGACUACUUGGAGCGGGACCUCGAGCUGUUGGGCGUUACAGGUGUUGAAGACAAACUGCAGAAGGAUGUGAAGCCCUCUCUUGAGCUGCUUAGAAAUGCUGGCAUUAAAAUCUGGAUGCUUACUGGAGACAAGGUUGAAACCGCACGUUGUGUUGCAGUAUCCUCCAAACUUGUCUCUCGUGGCCAGGUGAUCAAUACAGUUACGAAACUGAAAGAUAUGGAUGCAGCAAAUGACGCCUUAGACUUCCUCCGCAACAAGACCGAAUCAUGUCUACUGAUUGACGGUGAAUCACUCGGUUUAAUGCUUUCUCAAUUUCGCAUACCUUUUAUAACCCUCGCUGUACGCCUUCCGGCAGUCAUCGCUUGUCGCUGUUCUCCGAUGCAAAAGGCCGAAAUAGCUACCCUGAUUCGGCAGCACACCAAAAAGCGCAUUUGCUGUAUAGGGGAUGGCGGUAAUGAUGUGUCUAUGAUCCAAGCUGCGGAUGUCGGUAUUGGAAUUGUUGGGAAAGAAGGUCGACAGGCUUCUCUUGCUGCCGAUUUCAGUAUAACGCACUUCCACCAUCUUACGAAGCUGCUAUUCUGGCACGGCCGCAACUCAUACAAGAGAUCAGCAAAAUUGGCUCAGUUCGUUAUGCAUCGUGGUCUGAUCAUCAGUGCAUGCCAGACUAUGUUUAGCAUUGCAAGCCACUUUGACCCCAAGGGAUUGUUUAUCAAUUGGCUCCUUGUGGGAUAUGCAACAAUCUACACCAACGCUCCAGUAUUUUCUUUGGUCCUCGACCGCGAUGUCGACGAGGGUCUAGCAAACCUCUAUCCAGAACUAUACAAAGAGCUGAAAUCCGGAAAAAGCCUAAGCUAUAGAUCUUUCUUUACAUGGGUUCUCGUCUCCGUGUAUCAGGGCGCCGUGAUCGAAGGCCUUGCGCAAAUCCUCGUUGGCGAAAUCACAGGUCCUCGACUAGUCAGCGUCUCAUUUACCUCCCUAGUGCUGAAUGAGCUCAUUAUGGUUGCUGUUUCUAUCACCACAUGGCAUCCCGUCAUGAUAAUGUGCAUUGUGGGCACCGCUAUUGUUUACGGUGCCACCGUCCCGUUCCUCGGCGAUUACUACGAUCUCGCGUACGUUAUUACAUGGGGCUGGGCAUGGAAAGUAUGUGCUAUCUGCGCCGUCUCACUUAUACCAGUUUGGGCUGUGAAGUUGAUCAGCCGCACUUGGAGCCCCCCGAGCUAUCGCAAAGUGCGUGGGUGA